GAGGCAGUAGUAAGCAGUGUCGCCUCUGGCUCCGAGAGAAACCAAAGUGUGCUGGGUUCACACCUCCUCCGUCCUCCGUCCUCACUCAGACCCCAUCCUCUGCUCUGUGCGAGCCAUUGCCUCUCUUGCUUCCUCCGUUCCCCAUUGCUACGCUCCCCUGUGUUCUUGCCCCAACAAAAUCCAUCCAUCUACGACGACAGCAGAGGUUCUUGUGCUCCAACCAAGUCCCCCAUCCCGUCUCCGGCCGUCACCAGAUCUACACCCCCGCCCCGUUCGUGGUGGUGGUCGAUGGCGUCGAGCACCGGGCAAGCAGCUCCUAUUCCCGCCCCACCCGUUGUCGCAACAGCUGCUCCUCCGCCGGCAGCCACCAUGGAGCCCAAGAUGGACGCCGGGCUGCUAGCACUGGCCCGCUCUGGCUCUUACGAAGAUCUGGAAUCACUCCUCAACGGGAAGCCAGCCGCGUACACCCUCGGAAGCUCGGCGAGGCAGCCACCUCCUCUCUACGCGCUCACCGUUGGAGGCGCCACCCUUCUCCACGUGGUGGCCGCCGUCUACGGCGAUUCUGAGGACUCCACCAAGAAGGCCAGGCUCGUCUACGACAAGGCACCAAGCCUCCUCUUCGUGCAAAACAACGAUGGAGAUACGCCCCUGCACUGUGCUGCACGGGCGGGCAACUUCGGAAUGGUGUCUCGUCUCGUUGAUCUCGCCAAUGGUCAGGGUGUUAACAAUGCUAAGGGUCUGCUGGAAACACAAAACAAGAUCCAUGAGACAGCCUUGCACCAGGCCGUCCGCUCUAGGAACAAUGAUAUGGUCAAGUUGUUCAUGGAGGAGAACCCACAACUGGCCCGUUUUCCUGAACAAGGUACUUCGCCGUUGUACUUGGCCAUCUUACUGAAGAAUAAGAUCAUCGCAAAAACACUCUAUGAGAUGAGCGGCGGGGUUCUUUCAUAUUCGGGACCAAAUGGACAAAAUGCGUUGCAUGUUGCUGUUCAGCGGAGCCAAGAUCUUACAAAGAUGCUGUUAGAGUGGAACAGCGACCUUUUGUUACAAAGGGAUAAAAAUGGAAGUACACCUCUUCACUUUGCGAUUGUAGAUAUUCUAUGGCAAAUGCGUUCACAAGUAUUGCCAAGCCUUCCAGAUGCAAUGUAUCAACAGGAUCACAAUGGAUCAUUCCCCAUACAUGUGGCUGCAUCAAUCGGUGCAACAUGGGUCAUCGAUGAUUUUCUUAUGAAGUCACCCAAUUGUGUUGGUUUGCUUGAUGCUAGGGGAAGGACAUUUCUUCAUGUUGCAGUUGACAGGAUGAAAAGAGGGACUGUCGAUUAUGUUUGUCGAAACAUAGCGCUAUCAUGGAUUUUGAAUAUGCAAGACAAAGAUGGGAACACUGCACUGCACCUUGCUGUAAGAAAUGGAAGUCUGAGGAUGUUUUGUUCUCUGUUCCGGAAUAGACAAGUACAAAUGAAUUUAAUUAAUGAGAAAGGGAAGACUCCGCUGGAUAUAGUGCAUUACAGUCUUCCAUAAGGAAUGUAUAAGAACGGGGAAAAUGAAGAACAAAUAUUCAAGGCACUCAAAUGUGUUGGUGCUGAAAGGGGUAUUUUUCACCAGGGCUUCUUGAAUGAAUAUGGCAUUGACCAAGCAAGACAGGAUGAAAUAUAUACAGUGAAUCAAGUGAAAGAGGGGACGCAAAGUCGAUGUAUUGUCUCUGUCCUAAUUGCAACCGUGACGUUUGGUGCAAUGUUUGCAAUGCCUGGAGGUUAUAGAGCUGAUGAUCACCCUAAUGCAGGCUCACCAACUCUUGCUGGAACGUUUGCUUUUGAUGCAUUCAUCUUGGCCAACACGCUUGCCUUCGCUCUCUGAGCCACGGCUGUAAUUUCUCUCCCGUUUUCUGGAGAUCCCACGGUAAGCCUUCAGAGAAGAAAGAUGCUAUUUGGAAGGUCCAUAUUUUUCAUUUUUUUUUCAGUGACAAGCAUGAUCUACGCCCUUGCAUUUGGUACCUAUACGGUGUUAGCUUCAACUGCUCCUGUGUAUGGAAAUGCAGUACUUGCCAGCCUUACUCUCAUAUUGAUCUAUCACCUUUGGGAAGGGGGCAUUAUGGCAAAUGCUGUGUUAGUAGCAAUCUGCAAGAGAAAAGGGAUAUGCUAUGGGAUAAUGGCAUUCCCGAGAAUAGCAUUUUUACAUGUGGGCUUUCUUGUUCUAUCUCUGUCUUUGGCCCUUCUGUUUGUCCCGACGACUCACACUGGUGGCAAAGCGGAACCGCCAGCACAACCACCGACACCAUUUGCUUGAAGAGGGCCAAAUAGGCGUAUGUAACAUACAUGGAUCAUUAACAUCGAUUGUAGGUGCUGCUGUUCUCACACUGCCAGUUGGAGAAUUUGGAUCUGCUAUCAUCAGAAGUGUGUUUGUUGAGGAACUUAAACGGAAUAACGAAUCUUGUGUGUGUGCUGCUGUGAUUAGACCUUUAUUUGUUCAAGAGUUACAAUGUGCUUGUACCAGUGUAAACAAUGCUGGUAACAGUGCUUAAGACCUUUAUGGCUUGUCUAA